AAAUUUUAAAGACAUAGCACACAAAUUAUAACACACAUAUUCUUAUUUGGACUUCCUUCAGAAAAUGACAGAACCUGGCCAUUAACUGCUGCGCCAAACAAGAUGUUGUGCAGUACCUCCACGUGCAGUUCUGCCCCUCUCCUGCUGCAAAAUGCAGAUCCCAAAUCAAAAGAGAAGAAACGAGCGCGGAACGAGAUGUGCUUUACUCUGUACUGUUAUCUCUAGGGUCCCGCAUCCGUUUGAAUGAGAACAGCGGGAAGGGGGGGAGAAGCACAGUUGGUACAUUCCACAUCCUCCUCAUGUUUCGACAAGAGGAGGAGCGAGUGACCAGAGACCGCGUUUGGUAUAUGCCAGACCUUUGAAACCUGUCUGGGCUACGAUGGUUUCCUGCCGAAAUCAAUGAAUGGCGCGGUCUGGCCUGGUCUUCUCUCUCUCCUUCCCCCGCUCUAGCAGCAAUGGUUUGGCCCGAAUCGGAGGCUGUAAGAAGCGGCCGGAAGGGGAAGGGCGUCUCUUUUCCCGCUCUCGGCGCGCGCGAGGGAGGUGGCGGUUGAGAGAGUCGCUGAGGGCAAAUACCAAGCGGGGUGCUUGAAAAGCGCGGGAAGAGCUGUGGGGACUGGAGCUAACCAAGUGAGUAAGGCGGGGGGGGGAGAGAAAGAGGGGGCUCAUAUGUGUGGCAGUUGGCAAGGGAGGUGGGAAACAGAGGAGGAGCGCGGGCGGGUGAGGCAGACAUGGAGGUUUCGCUGAGGGGGGAAUCGAAGUGAGCCGGAUUCCCACAGCCUCUGCCAUUUCGUCUCUCCCGCGAAAGAAUCGCGGGCUCUGCGCUUUAUCUCCUCGCGGAGAGGCAGUUCCCGGCAGCCCUUUUAAACGAACCGUAGCGCCCUGAGGAAGAAAGCGCUUCCUUCGAAGGCCGCAGCCUCUGUCGGCGAAAGCUCCGCGCGCGCCGCUUUAAGCUUCCUCAGGGCCCCGAGGUAUGAACACCUCCCCCCCCCCAAAAAAAAAUAAGCCCGGCGGUUGAAAGUAAAGGCCCUACGCGCUCUUUUUUCUUCGCUUGCCGCUGGGGAACUGAGCAAGACGGGCAUGUAGGAGGCCUUACCGGCCCCUGAGGGAGCUCGUCCUCGCGCGAAUGGGCGCGCGGAGGCUGCUGGGCCUUUUAGCUGCUGUUGCUUAGCACGUGGUGUUAGUGGGGGCACAAAGGCAAGUACAGUGAUACCUCAGGUUAAGUACUUAAUUUGUUCCGGAGGUCCGUACUUAACCUGAAACUGUUCUUAACCUGAAGCACCACUUUAGCUAAUGGGGCCUCCUGCUGCCGCCGCGCCGCCGGAGCACAAUUUCUGUUCUCAUCCUGAAGCAAAGUUCUUAACCUGAAGCACUAUUUCUGGGUUGGCGGAGUCUGUAACCUGAAGCGUAUGUAACCUGAGGUAGCACUGUAAUGACGGCGUAGCGUGGCCGCCUCGGAUUCGCGCCCUGUCGAGCCUCAGGAGGCGGUGUUGGUUGGGCUUGACGGUACAGGCUAGCACGGGGGGGGGGGUCACUUUUAGACAGGAAGCGGGGAUAUUUUGCACGUGUGGCAAGUUCGCUGUGAGCGCAAACACGUGCACAGCAGCUCUUCUCGCGUUGGUUUCUAGAGAGAAAAGGGUAGAGGUAAAUAAGAUUUUGUGAGAAAGAAGCCAUAGAGGAAAGAAAAGUGGAGGAUCUUUUUCUUACAGACAGGCAUAUAAAAAUUCAGUAUGCUGAACUGCAGGAAAUGUCUCCAGCUCUGUAAUGUAGGUAAGCUGUGUGUACAGUGGUACCUCGGGUUACAGACGCUUCAGGUUACAGACUCCGCUAACCCACAAAUAGUACCUCGGGUUAAGAACUUUGCUUCAGGAUGAGAACAGAAAUCACACCACGGCAGCAGGAGGCCCCAUUAGCUAAAGUUGUACUUCAGGUUAAGAACGGACCUCCAGAACGAAUUACGUUCUUAACCCAAGGUACCACUGUAUAGGCAUGCAGGUGCAGAUCUUUCCUUGCUUGCUUAGUUUAGCUUGCUUGGUGUCAUAUUUGCCUUCAGUGUUACCCGUUCGUUUUGGUUGCUAAUGAAUGUGGUGUCAGAGAAGGCAUAAAACAAAUCUCCCCCUUGCAGCUUUUUCCUAUGCUAGGAAUUGUUCCUAGCAGGCUUGCUGUAUGUGGGACAUCUCUAGCUUUGUCUGCCUGUGGCUCCUUGAAAGUCUUAUGUGUAGCUUUCUUCUUUGUGUUCAUUUUAAGUUUUUUACAAUCUUAAAAGCUCCUGUUUGUAUGAAGACUUAACGCUUCAGCUUGACUGCAGUCCCUAUUUUCACAAAGAGCAAAGGACCAAACUAGACAUGACACAAUUAACAGUUACCUGAAUGUUGUUGUUGUUUUUUAAAGUAAAUUGGUGCAGACACCUGAGCAGUGGAUAUGGGAGGGACCCCCACAAUGCAGUGGCAUAGUGUGUAGUUUGCUCCAAAGACUAAUUUCAUGACAGUGCUUGGUUAAAUCAGCCUCUUUACAAACUUCAAAAUUACUGGGUUGUUAUCCCUGGCAUAUUCUAUAUGUUUACUAAGCCACACUGUAUACCAGCACAGACAAAGCUUUCUCUGAUUCAAGGAACCUGUGGGUAAAAACUGGUGUAUAUGCACUUCUCUAGAAUUUUCACUCUUCCUUGCAACCACAUGGAUAGGUGACAGUGUAAUUUGCUAGUUUGCUCAGAAGUACAUUCCACUGUUUGGGACGGACCCUGAAAAGGGGCUAUUGCUAAGGGUGAACUCCACAACCACUUUUGCAAGUGAAACUUACUGGGAUUGUGACCUUAUGCACUAAAUGUGCAACAUGCAUGUUCCCUCUUACAAGAUUGCAUUAUGUAGUUUCUCUCUGUAACUGAGGGUCUGUGUGGGUUACUUUUAAAGCGAAAUGAUUUGCAGUCAUACAAAAAUGGCUGGUUCAUUGAAUCAUUGUUUCUUUUUUAUUUUUCAGGUAUAGGCAAAACCCACACAGUUUUGACGAAACAUUUCACUUCAGAAUAUAGGUAUGAGUACAUUGUGUUAUUCUAUCUUUAUACACUUCUUUAGCGGUCUGAGAGGCCCUCUUGAGGGUCAUUCUACACCUAAUCACCUGGUGCCAUGUGCUCUCAAAACUCAGAUUUUCUUCCCCAAAAAAUAAGUGUAGAUACCUGUGAGAUAACCUCAAAUUAAUUUUUUAAGAUUAAUCUGAGUUGUGAGAGCACAACUGAGUAUUAAAAUACAGUGGGUGAUUUGGCAUGGAAUGACCCCAAUAGUAAUAAUGUUCAUGUGUUUUUCACAUACCGUAUUUUUCGCUCUAUAACACGCACCUGACCAUAACACGCACAUCGUUUUUAGAGGAGAAAAACGGGGGGGGGGGAAUUCUGAAUGAAACAGUGGAUGUAUCAUUUUUGUGCUUCAUGCUGUGGCCACAGACAUGUGAUCUGAUGGUGAAUUUGGGGUGACCCAAUGCAAAGAUCCUGAGGAUCCAUGCUUUGUAACCACGUUUUUGCACCAUUGCAGCCCCAAGCAACAGUGGGUGCGUGAUUUUUUGGGCGCAGGCUGUAGCCAUGGACAUGCUGUGUGAUCUGAUGGUGAAUUUGGGGUGACCCAAUGCAGAGAUCCUGAGGAUCCAUGCAUUUUAACCACGUUUUUGCAUCAUUGCAGCCCCAGGCAACAGUGGGUGCGUGAUUUUGGGGGGGCAGGCUGUAGCCAUGGACAUGCUAUGUGAUCUGAUGGUGAAUUUGGGGUGACCCAAUGCAGAGAUCCUGAGGAUCCAUGUGGAUCCAUGCUUUGUAACUACAUUUUAAGUGGGGAGGGAAGGAAAAACACAGAAGGGACAAGGAGCAUGAGAGGGGUGUGCAGAGAAGCAGCUGGCUAAGAACGCAGGAGAGGGAUUUAACGGGAGGGAGGAAAGAAAGAAAGGCAAAAGUUCCCCCCACCCACCCAAGCCAGCCCUCUCUCUCCCUCUCUCCCACCUGCAUGUUUUCUGGCUGCCUGCGAGGAGCAGGGAGAGGAUUUAGAAGGAAGGACGCUCUGCUUUCCUUUCUGCUUGCCUGGAGGGGAGGGGAUUUGCCUGCUCUUUGUUCCGUUUGAGCAAACACAGCAAGCGGGUGGGCAGUAAGACCCUGAGGCAGAAUGUAGGAAAGCAGCAACUUCCUCUUUUCAGGUUUCCCUUCUCCGACAGGCGAUUUGAUUUUUGCCUGAUUUUUGUUCCUGCGCUCGCCCUAGUCGGUUCCAGGGACCACACAUUCACUCAGUAACACGCACAGACAUUUCCCCUUCCUUUUUAGGAGAAAAAAUCUACGUGUUAUAGAGAGAAAAAUACGGUAAUACUUAUAUGGUUGCUAUACAUCGUAUUUACUGUGCACUUCAGAGUUGCACAAAUUCUUUGGGUGUUUGCCUUUUCUGUUCCUUCUGCCAUAGCUGAGUAAAUGCUUUGACUUUCCACCUCAGUGUGAUCAUUGGCUAUGUUCACCCUGGCCUAGGCACACAUUUAGUCCACAACACUUUGACAUUGAUCCACAUUUUGCAGCAUGUAAUUUUGCCUUUGUGUUGCCCAUUCAUUACUUUCCCUAGUGAAUGUGGUGUCAGAAAAGGCAUAUAUUAACUUUAGCUGUCAUACUACCAGGAGUUGGUUAUGUACCUUCUCUGUAUUUCAGCUAAAACACACCAUUUGUGUUAGGUCAUUCUGUGUCAUUUCAGUGAGGGCAUGUCACCCUCCGUCUCGGAUGUUGAUGAAAUUUGGUGUACACCCUUCCCCUGUGGUUGGAAGAAACCCCCUUAAUUUUUUCCUCUAUCUCAAAUGGUUUUAAUUUUAUAGCACUUCAAAGUUUCGUUAAAUCUGUUGUCUGUCCCUCUUGAGACCUUCAGCACAAGAUACCCUUGUGCACAUUUUUCUCUCUCCAUAACCAUUGAUCAGGUCUCUGAAAUUUUACACAGAGCUCGAUAAAAUGAUGAGAUUUCAGAGAAAAAUACACCAGCACUCAAGAUUUUAUAAAUGCCUAAAAACUUAUGCUAUUAUCACAGUUUAUUACCUUACAAGUUCAAUGAUCCUCAGUUUCUUUGCUGUAGCCUCCGUAUCAGCUGCAAGAUUUUCAUUUUUUUCUUCCAUCAACACCAUACACUUGUUGGGAAAGAAGUAUCUUCUGCCACUUAUUGUCUUUGGGGGUUGUACAAUACCAAGCGUGUGAGGAAAUGGUUUUACGCAAGAAUUGUCACGGCUAGGCCAGCAGAAUGAAGGCGAAGGUCCAUUUGGGUGAAUAAAUUUUACAAAAGCAUCUCAAUCGUCUUGAUUAUUUUCCGAUAGCAUUCCAAAGUACCACAAAUGAUCAUACUUGCAAGUUACAAAACAUCCAGGAUACGGAUCAUCAGCAUUCACAGGAAGCUUGGGAAGGCUCCUCAAGUUGAAAGUGAGGAAGGGUUCUUUAUCAGUGCUCAUUCUUCUUGCUUCAGUUGUGCCUGUAGAAUUCAGUGGUUUAAAGUUGUGGAAAUUGUGAGUUCCAGGGAGUGUCUGCACAUCUCUGAAACAGGUUUCAAGGGAACAGCAGAUUAUGUCUGUCUUCCCUUGCAAUAUAAUGGAAUUUGGCCUUUAAAAAAAAAUCACAGAAAUCAAAAAAUAUUUUUGGAGUAGUAAUCUGCUUCUCAAGGGAUCUCUGAAGACUCUUUUCUGGCUAGACAUUUUGUAGUUCCACCAAUACUGUUGCAUACUGACUUGCCAUGACUAGUGGCAAAGAAAGACCACUGUGCAUUUAUUUGGAAAUCUUAUUGAUGAUGACAGAGAUUUAGGAAGUUGAACUUAUUUUUGUACUGCGCUGCACAGCUGUCACGAAAGUAGUGUAUCUGUUUGAUGUGAGGAAAAUUAUCUUUUAUAUAUUUCAAAACUAUUGAGUUUUAUAUACCAUGUUCAUAUCAUGCUUUAAAUCAUCAGAAACAGUUCAAUGGGAUGAGAUCAUCUUCUCUCCGUCAGCACUUUUAUUAGGGCAGUUCAUAAAAAACGUUUAUGAACUGCUCCAAAGGUCUUCUCUUACUACAAUAGGGAUUAUAGAGCUAUAUCUAAAAUUUACUGCAUAACAGUUAAUAUCUUGACCCUCCUCCACUGAAUUGAAAUUUCAGCCUUCAUGACAUAGGAAAACGGCCAAGUAAACAGCUAUUUUCGUCACUUUAUGACCAAUUCAGGAAUAGCAUUUUUAAGAGAACAAUAAAAGAUGCUGAAUAUUAUUUCCUUUAUCCCAGUUAUUUUUGAUAUAUGUUUUUCUCUUAUGUCUCAAAAUAAUAUUCUGUCUUCUUCAUAGGUGUGUGACACUAAUAUUUUGAUUGAAGAGUCUAAGGGCAGUCUGUAGUAAGUGAAAGACAUUUAAGGAGUGAGAACAAUAGAAUAUUAGAUAAUGGCAGCUUCAUCAUCAAUAGUCACAAGAAUAUCUACAGAUCAACUGGUGUUUGGUCAGCUGGCUGAUUUGCCUGUGAGCUUGCUUCCAACAGAAUUGGAUAUUGAUACGUGCUUCUUGCAUGAGAAACAAAAAAUGGAUGAUUGAAAACUCUGCAAAAAAGGAGCCAGACUAUUAUUGCAGAGAUUGUUACAAACAUGCAUCCAUACCAACAGUCCGAAAAGACACAAUUAAGGCCCAUGUUCUGAAAGUGUCUGAAAAGUGCCAAAGCAUAAUCAGAAUACCGGCUGUCAGAAGGUAUAAGAAUCCAAAGUGUCAAAAUCUCUAUGAUCUUUCAGACUUCAAAAAUAAGAUGUGUUUCUGAAAGGUAUUUCCUGUUUGUUUGAAGUUGUUGACAAUGAGAAUGUGCCAAAGAUAGUGAAUUUCUCAAAGAUCAGUGAUCCAUUCAGAAGAUGACCAUAAGUAGUACAGUGGAUAAAGAGGCUACAAGGAAACAACAGCAGAAAGUCAAGUAAGAAAGCAGAGGAAACCAGGGCUGCACAGGAACGACAACGAUGAGAAUCUCACUUUCAAAUUGUUGCUGCUGAUAAUGUUGAUAUUUAGAGCACUUGAAGAUAGGACCUUGUAGUCACAGAAGGUAGCUUACAACUGCAGGCUAUAUGCUUGUACAUUGGAACUGUCAAAGGUUUUAAACAUUAAUUUUAUAUAUUAUGAAUGUGUGUCCACCUAUGUGGUUUACUGUGAAGUAUCAGGAGCUUGCAGUUAAUGGUCCUCAGAAUCUGUUUUUCUUAAUGCAAAGGUCUCUGUUAAUGGAAGAUCAAACUGCUAAGAAAAUUGCACAGUGGUGUAUUCAACAGAAUGCUUUUAUGCCCAUCCAGAAAACAUUCUGUUAGCAGAACUAGCCUCUUCCCAUAAAGCAGAUAGCACUGAUGCUGUGGAAACUAUCAUUGCAGCCAGAGCUAUAGACCAAGAUGUAGCUUCUGUACGUCUCUUUAGGGUGCCUACACUGGAUUUUAAAGCAACUAAGUGGUAGUUCAUGAUUAAAUGGAGUGAAACAGACACAUUGGAACCUCCUUUAAUUAGGAACAUGUCAAAUACCGAACUCUUGGCUGUACAUAGUAGCGGAACCUCUUGUGCCUAAAUUAAAGUGUCACACACAAAUGGUGGAGAGAGCUGUCAAGGAGGUGACAAAAGCAAGCCAGAAUGUAGUUGGUAUGAAGCCUCGUGAUGCUACUAUAAAGACAUCAGUGGAGAACUAGGCCAAAUACCCAAAACAGUAAUCAAAGGAUUUUGUCCCAAAAUUCACAUCUUUAUUUUUAUUUGUUCUUGAAGUAAUGUAAAUGUAACUUAACAUGUCAUUAUUAGUAUUAAAUUAUGUAAUAAUAAAAGUUGGUAUUCAAUACCCACGUAUCCAGUUGCUUAAAGGUAGAAAUAAUAAUUAUUGUAGGAUCGUAUGAGUCACAUUUUGAUUUAAAUGUCAAUACUAUCAUUAUUAAAAGGUUUUUUAAGUACUGGAUUUUGUUGUAUCAAUUUGUAUUCUGCAUCUUUUAUUGUUCUCUAAAAAAAAAUGCAAUUCCUGCAAAAUAAAACUGAAUUGGUUAUAAAGUGACGAAAAUAGCUGUUUAUUUGGACAUUUUCCUAUGUUGCGAAGGCUGAAAUUUCAAUUCAGUGGAGGAGGGUCAAGAUAUUAACUGAUAUGCAUGAAAUUUUAUAUAUAGCUCUAUAAUCCCUAUUGUAGUAAGAUAAGACCUUUGGAGCAGGCAUUAGUUUUUUUUAUGAACUGCCCUAACUUUUAUAAUGCACUACUACAGGAUGCAAAGUACAAGAAUCAGAAGUCCAGUGGUAGCCUUGUACCUCAUCUUGAAGCCUGCAUACAAUUCUUGGAGGUUGCCCAGUAUUAGCUGCUUCCUAUGAUAUACUUUUCCAAUUCUGACCACAUCUUUCAUUCCUGACUUUAUUCUAGACUUCUCAUCACUGUAAUAAAAGUUUAGAACCUUGCUUACAGUUUCAGAUGGAAGCUUUUUUCCACCUCUGGUAUCUGGUUCAGCUAAAACUCCUCUUUCUUUAAAAAGCUUCUGUGCCUGGCAAACUGAAUCACUGGGGAACAAUUUUUUUUCUUUUUCUGUUGCAUGAGAUUUUUCAACUGUUUUUAUAUGUUCUUUCAAUGCUGAUUUCAAAUCUGAAAUCGAUUUUUGUGUACAUGCUAUAGUUAUCUUUAAAUUUCUGACUUUUGCCGAUAUGUCAUAUUUGCACUGGGAAUAAGUGGACAAUGACACAUUGAUGUACCCUAACCAACUUAAUUUUUCUUUAUUUUUAUAGUUUUGUAACCUAAAUAUUUGUAUUUUUCAGAUCGGACCAUGGCUUCUUCAAAAUGUGUAAACAACCCUGAUGCCUUUUGUUAUGUAUGUGGCUGCUACGCAUUUCCUCAUCAAAGACGCAAUAUAACAGCGUUUGUGAGGCGUGCCUAUAAAAGCUAUUUUGAAAUUCCCCUGGGCGACCAAGACAAGAAAUGGGCUCCGCAUAUUGUCUGUCACAAUUGUGAGGAAAUGCUUAGAGACUGGACAAAAGGAAAAUGGAGGAGUAUGCCUUUUGGGGUUCCUAUGGUUUGGUGAGAACCCAAGGAUCACACAAGUGAUUGCUAUUUUUGUCUGGUCAAUAUGAAGCGUAUCGGCAAGAAAAACCGACAUGCUGUCGCCUAUCCCAGUGUUCCUCCAGCAAUUAGACCUAUCCCACACUCUGAGGAACUCCCAAUUCCAGUUUUUAAGGGGUUUGUCUCUUCUGAAGAUGAAGGAAGUGAACAUGGUGAGGAAGAUCAUGAGGAUUUUGGGAAGGUGCAUGAAGAAAUGGCUGUAGAAUCCGAAGACGACUCAUCUGAGCAGCAAUCAGCCCCACAGCAGUUUAGCCAACGGGAACUGAAUGACUUAGUGCGUGAUUUGGGCCUCUCCAAGAAGGCAGCUGAGUUAUUAGCAUCCAGGCUGCAAGAAAAACAUCUACUGCACCACUCGGCAAAAGUGACAUAUUUCUGAAAGAGGGACCAGGAUUUUGUGGGCUUCUUUUCAAAAAACAAGCACUUUGUUUACUGUCAUGAUAUUCCAGGCCUUCUCUGCCAAUUAGGCAUUACAUCAUACAAUUCAACGGAAUGGCACUGAUUUCUUGAUAGCUCUAAGCGCAGUCUCAAGUGUGUUCUCUUGCACAACGGAAACGUGUAUGGAGUGGUUCCCGUUGGUCACUCAUUGAUGAUGAUGUGGAGGUGAAAAUGAGUGAGGAAGAUGAAGGUGGAAAAGAAGGCUGAAUUUAAUAAGACGCAAUGGACGCCUACGGACCUGGAAAUGCACGGAAUCCAGCAGAAAAAGAAAGUGACAGUGUGUGAGCAAAAAGAGAAAAUUAAGGUACAGCACAUAGUUAUGGACUAUGCCCCACUGAAUUCAGUGGGAUUUUCUUCUGAUUAAACAUGCCCAGUCUUAAGUUGAAAGAGGAAGAAAACAUGCUUGGGCAGGAUAUGAAGAGAAACACAAAUGUGAGGAGUGGGAGCAAGGUACAGGCACUUUACUUGAAGUAGGCUUCAUUUACUUUCAGGUAGGUAAAGGUGGCGGCUUUGCUGGUUGUAUUCCAACAAACAAGUGAAAUAGCUUAUUGGAAAUAGGGUAGGUAGGCAGGGUUAAGGCACAGUGGCUUGUCCAUUACAUCAGCAAAAUACGCAUGUGUACCUUUACGUCUACACCCACUUCAUUCUGCUCCUGUUUUGCCAGGGUCUUGUUCUUCGCUGUUCAUACACUCUCCUAAUUUUUCCCAUCUCCUGAAAGCAAGGCUUCAAAUCACCAUGGUGAGGAGCAGGACACACCUCCUGGACAUGAGAAGUGCCAUGAGAACAGAUGAUUUUGGCCCCAUGACAACAACUGUCUCACCAUUACUGAUCAUCCAUGUGGGGUGUAGCUAUUUUAACUGCAUAGAACCAUGUGUGCCCCAAAACAUAUUAGCUGCUGCAGAUACUUCUACACUUCUGCUUGAUGGGAGAAAGUGGUCUGCCCAGGCCAAUGAGUAAUAAUAAUAAUUUAUAAUAAUUUAUUAUUUAUACCCCGCCCAUCUGGCUCUGUUUCCCCAGUAAGAGGUCAUUCAUAGCUAUGGACCUGGUGAUUGACCUUGCUGCUAGGGCUGCUCCUGGAUCCACUGCAGCAUGGCAGGCAAUUUGACAAGUGGAUUAAUGCUCUGCUCUUGGUGCGUUUGGUGAAACAAGCAUCAGGUGGUGAAGCUAUGUUAGAUAAUUAAUAGUUCACAGUGACAAAUGUUUGAUGAGUUUCUACAUUAGAAAAAAUGCCAAAAUAAAUUUGGCUGGGGCAACCUUCACAAAAAUAUGGUCACUCACAGUUAGUGGACCAAAUGCAAGAUGGCCACUUAAAUUCUCUAAAAAUGAAUUUGCCACCCUUUUCACAUAACUGAAUUGAUACAGCACAUAGUAUGUAAAUACAGGUUUCCAACAUCAAGAAAUUAGUUUGACAUCAAACUAAAAAACAAAACUUAAAAAUAAGAUGGCCACCAGUUAAUAACUACUUCAAAAAUUAGGGUAACCCAAAUUCAUUUCUUGUGGCACAUUUUCUGUUUGGUUGCCGGAUAAUUAACAGUGGAUUGUUUUUUUCUUUUGCAGGAAUAUGUAUCUACAGCAUCAGCUACAACAUGCUAGCAGAAGCCUGUAUUAAGAAGGAGAGGGAAAGUAAUGUGUAAAUAUUACCUUUUGGAUUGUGAUAAUUACACCUUGAAAGUAAAUAGGGCAAACAUGCCUUGCUCCAUUGCAACCACUCACCACCAGACCACAGACAGACUCUUGUUGAUGGUAUAUAGUUUCCAACUAUUGUUCCAGUAAGCUUUGCACACAGGGGUUUAAAGUUAAAACAUGGAUGCAGAUUGGGAUUGAAAAUUAACACCUGCCACUGAAGUAUCAGUAGUUUAACAUGAUGUGGCUUAUUCUGCUCAACUUCUGUAUCAGAGGUAAUUUCAUGUAUAGGUAUAAAGAAACAUCUGUACACAGCAUCUGUGUAUGUUCAGUUUAAAAAUAAAUCAAUUUCAAAACACCAUGGUUGCUAGAUGCGUCUUUCUCAUCCAUAAACAGUGUGAUACACACAAAAAAGCUGCCACCGUAAAAGUUACUAGAAGAAAAGCAAAACCAAACUAGUGUUUGUUGGCAAUCCAAAGUUCUCCCCUGCAAUUAAGAUGUUCUGCCGUUUGCAGGAAAUUAAAAAUGGGAGGAUCUCACAAUUGUAAAACCAAGUGGACAGCAACAAUGAGCUAGCAGGAAUAGAAAAUGAAGGGUUUGACCUUCAUCCCUUGUUAUUCAAUCAUCCAGUUUGCUUGUUUCCUUGGAGUGGAAGGAUGGAGAAAUGAAAC